AGUCAUGGAUGUUUGAGAUGUUGUAGUACUGGGUAGCAUAAUUUUUAGGGGCGCUACUACUAAAAAGAAAGGGAUUUUCUUUUGUUGAAAGACUGUAGUCAAAGAAGACAAACAUCAUCACGACUACAAAGAUAAGCGAAAUAAAAACAAAGUGAACUACGAAAACUACGCAGAUUGAUAAGAAAAAAAAAUCCCUUUUCUUUAGAAAACAUUGUGAUGCAGAUAUAUCGAUAUCCUAUGUAAAGUUUAUCUAUGUAGCCUGUUGUCGACCAUUUAAUGCUAGAUACAUCUACCUUGAUCCAUUUCCUAUAGAAAGAAUUAAAUCAAUAAUCAUAGUGCUAUUUUCUAGUAAAGCCUAAUAUGAGCUGCACUUAAAAAACUUUUCCAAAAGUAGUAUAGCAUUAAACAUUUGAAAUUAAGCAUAACUUAAUGGAAAUGCUAAUGCUUCUAAAGAUCAUCAAAUAUAUAAAUAGGAUAAAUAGUUUGUUAUCUUAUAAUCCUGAUAGUUGUCAUUCGAAGAAAACGAAAAAUAAGUCAGUGAAUAAGCGGUAUAAAGAUUUAUAAAUUACUAAUCUAAUAAAAUGUGAAUUGCGACAGUCAUGUAAAGUAAGUCGCAUACACUAUUGUUACUCGGAGUCGAACUCUUAAUCUAGUGUUUGUAUACCAUCCAUUCAUUGCAGCAAGUGUGUCAAUUAUCAGUUGACUUAAAACCUUGAUGUAAUUUAAUAGCUCAAUCCAUUAUUUCAACGCUAUUUCAUACAUACACUAGUCGUUUUAGUGAUUUUCGAUUCAAAAGAAAAUACAUGAUCUAGUAUAGCCAUAUCAAUUAGAGAGUACACUCGGAGAAGAUUAAGACAAUGGUAUAUGUCCAAAAAUAAAGUUGUCCACUACUGAAAUGUACCGAUCAAUGACGACUUCACAACUAUUUACUGAUAUCAUGUAUUGCUAUAAAACACGAAAUAAUACAUCAGGUUGGGUGUGGGUGUGGGUUUGAGAAGAAACAGAAGAUUCGCCCGCACCCACCCUCUUUGACAUUAGUCUCAAGCCUGACAAUGAGAGAUGGAAAAUAUUUCGAGUACCUCAUUGAAAUUUAUUCCUCUUGAUGCUUUUCAUGUCAUUUUAGGGCCGAGUAUUGUAAAAUCAACUUACUCAAGUGCAUUGACUGAUCGCAGUGAUAAAUUUCCUCGCAUUGGGAAGGUUAACUCUUACUACUAUCAAGCAAUUAAUAUUCUUGUGUAUACCACGGGCAAUUACACUUUUACAAGUAACAGUACUAUUGAUAUGGUUGGCUACUUAUACAAUAAUAGCUUUGAUAAAAACAGAUUGUCUGUUAAUCAACUCGCAAAAAAUGACGAUAGAGGUGGCAAUUUACAGUUUAAACUGGUAUAUAAUCUUCAGGCUGGAGUGAAAUACAUUCUUAUAGUAACGACGUUUAAUCCGUAUGUCCUUGGACCGUUCUCAAUAACUGUGAGUGGCCCAGCUAGCGUAGAUUUUUAUGUAAACACUAAUGGCACAGAAACUUCGCCCAUAACAGUCACAACAGUCAGCCAAACAACACCAACCAGCCAAAUGACAACACCUAGCCGAACAACAACAACCAGUCACACAACGACAACUAGUCAAACAACAACAACCACCCAAACAACGACAACUAGCCAAAGUACAACAACUAGCCGAAGAACAACAACCAGUCACACAACGACAACUAGUCAAAGUACAACAACUAGCCGAACAACGACAACCAGCCGAACAACAACAACAACAACCACAACUCCAAUCAGUCCAACCAGUAAGGAAACUAAUCAUUUAUAG